AGACUACUUCUCUCUUUUUUUGCAAAUAUCCAUGCACAAUUCAUACCUUUCACCUACAACCACAGGAAAAGGGAAAGCCAAAUUAACCAGCACCACCACCACUACCAGUAGCAGCAGCAUAAAUUGCUCUAUUUAUAGAUUGUUGACAGAGAGGGGGGAGUUGCAAGCAGCCCAAGUGUUUUGUAGUUAUGGUGACAUUAUGAAAAUUGAAUACCAAACAAAACUUUGAUUUGAAUUUUUUGAUUUUUCUGGAUUCAAGAAAAGUCAUUCGAAUAGAUAACUUCGUAUCCUCAAUCGCAAAUUUCUUAAAAUCAAAUUAUUAACAAAAUGUUGAACAGUAUGCGAACAAAACGAUUGAAUGGCCUUCACUUGACCGGUUGCAAUGCAGGACCCAUGGCUAGGUUACCACCCAAAUAUUCCGAUGAGGACUGGGAUUUCAAUAAUAAGGUUAAGCUGCGUAUAACCUGUGAUCAGGAACGUUUGGCCGAACGUAUUAUGGAGGAAUCGCGUCGGGUCAUGGACGAUGUGAAUGACACCACCCGAAACUGGCAACGCGAAGUGGAACAUCAAAUGCGGGAGAGGGCCAGUGAAAUUCGUUUUCUCUGCGAUGAGCUGAAUAAACAGAAGAAGACAGCCCUGCUGGAGGAUGAGGCAUUGAAUACCUAUCGGAUGCGUAUUUUAAAUGCCAUUGGAUUUUUGAAGGAGAAAUCCUUGGCGAUUUGCCAGCGCUGUUUGGUAUUGCGUGAGGGACGUUUGGGAGUGGAUCUGUGUGAAGAUGAAGUGGAUCGUUCUUUGCGCUGCGAGCUGAAAGUUAUCAAGGGCUGUCAGUGUCUUAUGGAUAAGGCUCUGAAGGAGACCAAUGAACAGUUGCGUAGACUGCGUGCCACAAUGUAUUCAUUGGAUAAAGAUCUCUCGCAAAAGGAUAAGUCGCUGAUGAUUGAUGAGAAAAAUUUGACGCUGCGUGGAAGUCAGAGGGAGAUGGGAGCUAGUGAUUUGGCCCAUCAUCAUUGCCAAUAUUCUCUGAGUGAAUGGCAACAUACAACCUAUAAAAACUUGGAAACCAAUGCCCGAGAACUAAAUUCGGCAGCUCAACUGCGAGCCUAUGUCGAUUUGCUGCUGAAACAAGUCUGCGAAGAUAUGCAAAAUCAAACGGAUCGCACAAAUGAGGCCUUCGCCCAUCGCAUUGCCGAACAGAGACAUGUUAAAGCAUGCCUGGAGAAUAAACACAACGACACCAUGAAUCACAUACAUGAAGUUCAGCAAAACCUGCAACUACUCGAAAAGGAAAUAUGCGAUAAAAAUCGUGCUCAACAGUUGUGUUUAACGCGUCUGGGUAAUCGUGCUACACGCCCGGGCGUUGAAUUGACAUGCGACGAAGUACAAGAUGCUCUCUAUCACGAGUUGGAAGCCUUGAAGGCAUCUCUGUGUAAACUGAAUGCCAAGGUGCAGGAGAAUAAGGCAUCGCUGCGUUACCUGAUGCAUGUCCAGGUCAUGCAGGAAGAGGAAAUCAAUAUAAAAGCAAAUUCGAUAAAGAUUGAUGAAGUAGAUUGCAUGACAAUACGUCAAGCUUUGAAAUAUCAAUCUUUUUAAACGUGGAACCAUUGAUUUGAAUAAUUUGUGUAGUUUCCGAUUUCAGUUACGUAAAUAAAUAUACAAAAUUUA